CAUUGAUACCUUAGCUGAAAGGGAUCGCGUUAACAAAUCAGUGUUAUACUCUGGGUCACAUUUCUAACAUCUGAGUCAAGAUGAACAGUUACAGAAAGCAGAUGGCAGAGCAGUUCCUGAGUCAGGCCCUGGGCAUCAUCUGCCUGCUGACCGGAGAGGAAUAUGUCAUUGUGAAGAAGAGUCCCUCCCACAGCAGCGUUCACCAGCAGAGCAGAGAGGUGCCUAUAAAGUGUGAUGGUGUUGCUGUGUAUUUCUCUAUGGAGGAGUGGGAAUAUAUAGAGGGACACAAGGAGCUUUAUAAGGAUGUCAUGAUGGAAACUUGCCAAGCACUAUGGACUAUGGAGAUCCUAGGAAACGAGAGCUCAGAACUAACAGGUCACAGUGAUGAAAAUCUAUACACAGGAGCUGCAGAACUGGUACAGAAUAUUCAGCCAGUGGAGACCCCAUCAGACGUCUCUGCAGAACUAACAGGCCACAGUGAUGAAAAUCUAGACACAGGAUCACAUGGAGACCUUGUACAGAAUAUUCAGCCAUUAGAUGUCUGUACAGAUGACAUUAAUACUGACGUAGAUGUUAAAACAGAAGAUCUGAGUGUAACGUGUCAGCUGGAAGCUCCAAUGCAAGAAAUGUGUGACAGUGACAAUGAAGGUGAAAACGAUGCUAAGAUUUCAUGUAACACGGAAAAAACUGAAGAUCAGUGGCUAAGAAAUAUGCCAGAAGCUGCAGAGCUGGAAAUUUGUGCCAAUAUAAGUACAGGUGAAUUGACAAGCUGCAAUAAUCCUAGUCAUGAUCAGAGUGCAGAUGCUUCUUUAUAUCUUAUUCAAAAUCAAAGACGUCACGUGGGAAAUAUAUGUUCUGAAUGUGGGAAAUGUUUUCUUACAAAAUCACAUCUUUAUAAACAUCUAAAAAUUCAUAAAAGAGAAAAGCUAUUUUCCUGUCCUAUAUGUGGGAAAUGUUUUAAACAUAAAAAAACUCUUGUUGCUCAUCAGAAAAUUCAUACAGGAGAAAAAAGAUUUUUAUGUUCUGACUGUGGAAAAUAUUUUACUCGGAAAUCAAAUCUUAUUGAUCAUCGGAAAAUUCACACAGGAGAGAAAGCAUUUUCUUGUUCUGACUGUGGGAAAUGUUUUACUCAGAAAUCAACUCUUAUUACGCAUCAAAAAAUUCAUACAGGAGAAAAAGAAUUUUUAUGUUCUGACUGUGGGAAAUGCUUUACUCAGAAAACAGAUCUUAUUAGGCAUCAAAAAAUUCAUACAGGGGAGAAAGAAUUUUCAUGUUCUGACUGUGGGAAAUAUUUUAUUCAGAAAUCACAUCUUAUUAGUCAUCACAAAACUCAUAUUAAAAUAAAACAGAAUUUAACCUCCUAAGUGCCGGGGUUGAUACGUAGUUGUUACCCACACAAUACCAAGUGCUGAUGAUGACUGCAUGUGACCCCCUGGGGCGUUUUAGAGCUGUUUGAGGUCCCUUCUGCACCUCAGGCGUUUGAGGUGACCCCCAGGGUGUAUUUGAAUUAAAUCACUAGUCAUUAAUAGCGAUUUAAAUAAUGGUUUUCAGUUUUAGAAUAAUAACUUUUCUUUUGCAAGAUGUACCGAGUCCACGGAUUCAUCCUAACUUGUGGGAUAUUGUCCUUCCUGACAGGAAGUAGCAAAGAGAGCACCACAGCAGAGCUGUCUAUAUAGCUCCCCCCUUAACUCCACCCCCAGUCAUUCUCUUUGCUGGCUCUAAGCAGGAAGGGUAAAGAGGUGUUAAACUGUUAGUUAUAUUUUAUCUUCAAUCAAGUGUUUGUUAUUUUUAAAUGGUACCGGUGUUGUACUAUUAACUCUCAGGCAGGACAUAGAUGAAGAUUUCUGCCUAGAGGAUGAUGAUCUUAGCAUUUGUAACUAAGGUCCACUGCUGUUCCCACAGAAGCUGAGGAGUACAGGAAAACUUCAGUGUGAGGAACGGUUUCUUGCUAUACAGCAAUGAGGUAUGUUCAGUCAUAUUUUCUGCAGAGACUGUGUUAACUCAGAAAGGCUGACAGUGUCCCCAUUAGGGGAAGCAGUAAUCCUAGUGUUAUCAGAGGUUUUUACUAGCUUGCAUAAAGGGUUAAUUUUUUGUGGGCACUCAGUUUGUUAUGUGAAUUUGGGACAAACGUUUUUGUGUCUGGGAGUAACGUUUUCUGUUUUAUGGGACAUUUGCUUGAGGGUUAUUUGGGGUUGUUUAUAACCCACAUGGCUUUUAGGCAGGGUUUGUUAGUUUUGUGUAGGCCCCAGCAACAUCGAGUGAGGUUGGUGGGGCCUACAUUUACAAGCAGCAAGCAACUUCUCCUGAGGUCCUGAUAGUCUUCUGAGGGACUAAUUGAAGCU